UAAAAAUUUUAACAGAAUAGAGCGUGUACAUGGGUGAACGCAAGAGACAAUAAGGAAAAACUUUGUGGAUGUAAGGAAAUUUGGUGGAAAUAAGGAAUUUAUAGAUAUACCUGUUGAAUUGGAUGAUGUUUGUGAAGAGAUUGGAGGAUUAAGAGGAUAAAAGUUGAUUUGAAGGGAUAAGAAUUCUGGAAGGUCCAUUUGCUGAUCUGGACAAAAAACUAAGACAUUAUCUAGUUAAUUAUAUUCACUGACUAGUGACCGUAAAAGGUCAUUUGCGUGAUCUUUUAUUUUAUUUUUCUAUAUGAAAUUUUUUAGUUUUCUACUUAAGUGUAUCUAAAUUUUACAUUUUAAGAUAAUACAAAUCAAGUGAUUUAUCCACAAAUGACCAGUUUUGGGAAUGAUCAUAUACAAGCCACAUAUCCUCAUCAGGAUGCGAAUUACCGAUCUGAUGCUGGUAAUAUUUGUCGUAAAAUGGAUGCCAAUCCUGUGGAAAAUAAAAACAAAGGGAAAGCUCCAAUGGAGUAUAAACAGAAAAUUGACGAAAAAGAUUUUGGGAGAAUUCAUAUUUAUGGUGAAGAAGACAAAUCAGAUACUUUACAAGAUGAGACUAGAAAAUGUUCUUGUGGGAUCGAAUUUAAUGUGUGGGAAGUUAACGUAUAUUUAA